UUCAGUAAUUCAGUUGUACUUUGAACGCGAUGAAAAGUGGUUGUGAUUGCUCCUUAUAGUAACGGCAUAUACGUAUCAUUAAAAAUUCAUUUUGAAUUUUUAUCAAGCUUUUUUUUACCUACAUUUCCAAAUAAAAAUUAAUUCAUAAAAAAAUAAAACAAGAUGUUCAAAACAGUACUUAUUGUAACGUGCCUUUUCGUGGCUGGUGCUCUCUGCAGUGACCUUAAAAUCGAUGUUGUCAGUGUGCCUGAAGUGUGUGAACAAAAAUCAAAAAGUGGUGACAUGUUAACAAUGCACUACACUGGUACACUAAUAGAUGGCAAAAAAUUCGAUUCAAGCUUGGACCGUGAUCAACCUUUCACAUUCCAAUUGGGAGCUGGUCAAGUGAUAAAGGGAUGGGACCAAGGAUUGUUGGACAUGUGUGUCGGUGAAAAACGUAAAUUGACCAUUCCACCAGAAUUAGGAUAUGGAGACCGUGGUGCUGGAAAUGUCAUUCCACCAAAUGCUGUUUUAAUUUUUGAAGUUGAACUUAUUAAUAUUGGAAGUACUGCACCAACAACAAAUGUUUUUAAGGAAAUCGAUGACAACAACGACAAAAUGUUGAGUCGCGAAGAGGUAAACGUUUAUGUCAGUGAAUACUUGAAGAAGCAAAUGUCCGCCGUUGAAGGCCAAGACACAGAAGAACUUAAAACUAUGCUCAAAGAAAACGACAAGCUCGUUGAAGAGAUCUUCCAACACGAGGAUAAGGACAAGAACGGAUUCAUUUCACAUGAUGAAUUCUCAGGCCCAAAACAUGACGAGCUAUAGAGAAGCCGCCUCCCGCAAUAACAAUGAAUAAAUUAUUGUUAGAAUAAUAGUUUUUUUUAUUAAAUAAAUAAAUAUAAAUAAAAUCUUUGAUUUUUUU